AUGCUGCCAGCAAAAGACCCCAAAGAUGCGGCUCAAUACAAGAAAACUACCACUGAGGAUGACUCCUUCGAGGCUCAAACCAAGACUAGCAACUUCUCCUGGAUAGUGUCCAAUACAGCAGCCAUCGGCGGUAUGCUCUUUGGUUACGAUACUGGAAUUAUCUCGGCUAUUCUGGUUUAUAUCCACCAAGACCUUGGCCACACGCUAACCUCAUCCGAGCGAGAGCUCAUAACCUCCAUUAACUCUGGUGGGGCAUUCAUCGUUGCAAUCUUCGCCGUAGCCAAGGCAUAUCGCUUCGGCCGCAAGAUUGCCAUCUACAUUGGAUGCUUCAUGUUCACGGCCGGCGCCAUUCCGCAAGCCGCGUCUUUCUCCUUGGCGUUGAUGACUAUGGGCCGUCUGAUUGUUGGCUUGGGCGUUGGUUCCGCUGCCAUGAUUAUUCCCAUGUACAUUACCGAACUAUCCCCAGCAAGACAUCGCGGCCGCAUAAUCGGCCUCGAGAAUAUGUGCAUAACGGGCGGUCAACUACUCAGCUAUGGCGUAGGCGCCGGAUUCGCACACGUCCCGGGUGCGUGGCGGUUUAUGGUAGGGGGUAGUGCGAUCCCAGCCAUCAUCCUUGCCUCCAUGCUGCCUUUCUGCCCCGAGUUGCCAAGGCAGCUCAUCUUUCACGGGAAGUCGCAAGAAGCCGAGAAGGUUAUCCGAAAAAUCUUCCCCAACGGGACGGAUGAGCAGGUCCGGAUGAAGGUUAGGCAUAUCACGAUCCACGUCGAGGAUUCGAAGGACAUGAAUGCGGGGAAGUCGCAGUGGUGGGUGCUAAAGCAGCUCUACAUUGUGCCCGCAAACCUCCGCGCCUUGAUCUCGGCUUGCGGUCUCAUGGCCAUCUCCCAGCUGUCAGGCUUCAACUCGCUGAUGAAUUACUCGCCACUCGUAUUCUCCCUUGUCGGUUUCAACAACCCUGUAGCCGUCGGAACUAUCAUUGCCGGGACCAACUUUAUCUUUACGCUUGUCAACUUGUUGCUGGUUAACAGGGCUGGCCGCCGGAGGAUCCUCCUCUGCACGGUCCAGUUUAUGGGUGCCUUCCUCGUCGUCGCAGCCGUCGCGUUCAAAUGGAUUCUAAUCAACCACGACCUAUCACUUGGAGACGGUGCUACGGUUGGACCUCCUGCCAUCAUCGUACUCGCAAGUAUGGUAUUCUUCGUGGGAUUCUAUUCGUCGGGCAUUGGAAACACGGCCUGGCUCAGCAGUGAGUUCUUCCCGAUGGAAGUGCGCGCUAUGGGCACCAUGAUGCUCACCAUGAGCUGCUGGGGAUCGAACAUCAUUGUCGCAUCGACUUUCCUGACGCAGAUGGAGAACACCACGCCCUCGGGCGUGUUUGGAUUCUAUGCCGCCAUCUGUGUGCUCGAUUGGGUUUCCAUCUACUUCUGCUACCCCGAGGUCAAGAACAUGACUCUGGAAGACAUCCGCGAGGUGUUCAACUACGGGUUCGGUGUGAAGCGCGCGCGAGAGAUUCAGAGGCAUAUGAAGGCCGAUGGGAAGAUGGGAUUGAAUGCAGACGAAAGCAUCAAGGCGUAG